CACACACACUUACACAGGGUGGAACAGGGACAGAGUGCUUGAUUUUGAAAAAAAAAAAAGACAAAACCCAGGAGGAAAAAUAGAAGGGCAGAUUGUGGAUCUAAUAGUCUUGCAGAUUUGCUCCUGAAAAACGUUUAACAUGGCGGUUAAAAGAGUGACGUACCUGUGCCAGGAGGAGGAGAAGGCCCAGAUGUCUCACAGCAUGGAGCUGUCCUCACAGAUCAAGAAGAGGAAAUUUAAAUCGAGUGAGGAGGAGGUCUCCCUGUCUGAGUUCUAUCCCAUCAUCCCCGGUGACAUCAUGUCUGUCAAAGAGAUUCUGACGGAGCCAAAGUUCCCACGCCACAGGACAUGGGAGGUCCUGAGGGAAACCAUGGAUAAUGAUGAGCUCCGGGAGAGGGACCAAUGGACCAUGUUUGGUAAUGAGGCAGAAAAGCUGGAGAUCGAGGUGAUCAGGGACCAGCACAUGGUCCGUCAACGCGUGGACCGCAUGGUGCUGCGUAAGGAGGCAGAAAGGAAGCUUUCAAGACAUCUGAAGUUUCUGGAUGAUUUAAGCAUGAAGUCUCCGGAUUUUUCCAUCCCUCUUCGUGCCCACGUUGUCUGGGAAGGGAUGGCCGUCAAACUUUCCUGCACUGUCGAGGGUUGUCCAUCACCACAUGUCACCUGGUACAAAGAUGGCGUCCCUCUGACAGCAUCCUCACAACCCUGGAACUACAAACUGCUACAGAAGUACGGCCUCAACACUUUGGAGAUCAGGAGGUGUACUGCUACUGAUGCUGGAGAGUACAAAGUGGUGGCCAAAAGCUCCCUAGGCGAGGCAACAACCUAUGCCACUGUUGUAGUAAACUCAAAGCGAGGAUUCGAGGCGGGAAUGAAACACACCCAGACUCGGGUCCAUGCAAUAGAUGAGGAGGCAUUGUUCGACGCCAGCUUCGCUCCAUCAUUCAUAAAGGAAGGAGACACUCUGUCUCUGAGCUGCAGUUUCACUGUCCCUCUCCUCCCCUUUCAACAGGAUGUGGCCUGGUUCAGAGACGGAGUUCCUCUCCGUGCAUGUGGUCGGCUGGACAUACACACGGCCCUGCGCUCCUCCACCCUCAGCCUGAAGGGCAUGCACAAGGAGCACGAGGGUCUUUACACCGUCCGCCUGCGCACCCAGGACGGCAUCACCGAACAAAGCGCCUACAUUUAUGUCAAAGAUGGUCCGGCAACAGUGCGCGGGGCUCCAGGUUCUCCUCUCCAACUCAAGUGCUCGGAUGUGAACAGAGAUUAUGUGUUUCUCUCAUGGGAACCUCCCAGUGCAGAGGGAGCGGGUCCAGUGGAGGGAUACAUUAUCGAGAGGUGUGAGGUGGGCAAGAAGUGGGAGCGCUGUAACGAGCUCGUUCAGAAGCUGUGUCAUUACCCAGUUAUGGGUUUAAAGGAAAACACCAUGUACCAAUUCAGAGUGUGUGCAGUGAACCAGGCCGGCGUGGGACGUCCAUCUAAAACCUCUGAUCCCAUCGUCACUUCUGACCCCAUGGAGCCCAGCAGGACUAUGGUGGUCAAGGUGGAUAGAGGGAGAGAGAUCGUGAUCACCAAGGACCAGCUGGAAAGUCAGAUCCGAGUCCCUUUUCCCCCAACUGAUGUGCGAGUGUGUGAGUUAAGUGAUACGUACGUCGUGAUGUGCUGGACUGAGCCUGAUCCACGGGGCAAGGAGCCGCUCAGCUACUAUGUGGAACGGUCCAUAGACGGUAAGGAGAGCUGGCACAUGGCCAGCCUGGACAUGACGAUCAACUCUACAAGGUUUGCUGCGUUCGACUUGGAGAAAGGGGUGGCCUACUGCUUCCGUGUACGCUCGGUGAACAAAUAUGGUGUCAGUGAUCCAUCAGAGCCCAGCCAACCUGUCACUCUUGGAGAACCUCUUGGUGUCCCAGCUGCACCUCACUGUGUUCAGGCAUUUAGAGACACAGACAGGUCGAUCCUUUUAAAGUGGAAAGAGCCAAAGAGCACAGAGGGAAUUCUGGGAUAUUACCUGUACUGCAGUGAGCUAGGGAGCUCAGAGUGGAAAACCAUUAACAACAAACCAGUCAAAACCACCAGGUUCUUGGUGCAUGGCCUCAGGACCAGUAAGCAGUACGUGUUCAGAGUGAAAUCAGUCGGCCGCGCGGGGAACAGCUGCUAUUCAGACGAGUCUGAGCCGAUCCUGGUCCACGCGGCUAAAUUUGCUCCAUCUGCACCCUCUGCUAUAUCACUUCUUCACUGUACGGGCACUGAAAUGGUGAUCAGCUGGCGAGCUCCUGUUAAUAACGGUGGGGAUUUGGUGCGUGGGUACUAUCUGGAUCAGCGGGAAAAAACGCAGAGCACAUGGCGGGAGGUCAACGUGAAAGCUGUAAAAGAGAGACUGUACACAGUUCCUGGUCUUUUAGAGGGUCAUUAUUACCAAUUCCGUGUAAUCGCAGCCAACAUGGUUGGAGUUGGCAAACCCUCUGGACCUAGUGAGGCUUUUCUGUGUGAGAAGUGGACGAUGCCUGAACCUGGCUGCCCGUAUGACCUGGAGCUGAGAGAGGUGCGGCAGGAAUCUCUGGUUCUGCUGUGGGCGGAGCCUCUAUACCAAGGUCAGUCAGAAAUCAUUGGUUAUGUUGUGGAAAUGAGUGAGGGGAUGGAAUCAGAGGAUUGGACUGCGGUGACCCAGGAACCAAUAACAGACACGCACCUAAAGGUUUCCGGGCUGCAGGCGGGUCAUACGUAUCGUCUCCGUGUAUGUGCCAUCAACAGUGCUGGAGUAGGAAGACCCUCUCUUCCCACAGAUCCCGUCACAGCCCAGACUGACCCAGCAACCAAAGAUAUCGAGAUUGGGGUUGAUAAUGAUGGCUUCAUUUUCUUGAGCUUUGAAGCCCCUGAGACCAUUGACCAAAUCCAGUUUGAUUGGAAGAAGAACUACAAACAGGCAAUCGAUGCCGGACGAGCCCAUUUGGAGACCAAGCAAAAUAAAUCUGUCCUUACGUUCAAUGCAGCUGCAGCGGAGGAUCUGGGCCUUUAUACUGCUGAUGUGAUUGGCAGGCCUGACAUCUCAUCUAGCUUUAAUUUCACUGCUGAGGAUCUGGAGAGACUCAUGGAGUUGAGCUGGAACAUCAGGAACCCACUUAUAGCACUGCGCUCUGAGGGCUGGCAGGUGGACGUGUUGGAGCAGGGCAAUGUGAGGCUGUGGCUGCAAACUGAGCCGCUGUCCAACGCUGCAGAGCUGCACAUGAUCCUCAAUGACAAGGAGAUCUCCUCCACACCGACACGUAAGAUCAACUUCGACAAGGCAAACGGGCUGGUGGAGAUUCUGUUUGAUCAGCUGAGAAAGGAGGACGAGGGCUCGUACACAGCACAGCUCAAAGACGGAAGAGCCAAGAACCAGUUCACUCUCGUACUGGUGGAUGAAAAGUUCAGGCAAACCCUGGCCAAGUCCGAGGCCAAGCGGUGGGACUGGAAGAGACGCUCAGGACCUUACUUUGAGGAGUUUUUGUCAUGGAGUGUGACGGAGGACUGUGAGCUGGUUAUGAAAUGCAAGGUCACGAACAUGAGUAAGGACACCAAGAUGAAGUGGUUUAAGGAUGGCAUAGAGCUCAAGCAGUUUGUGUUUGAGGCGUCUGGUGUUGCCACGUUUACCGUUUCGCAGGUUACUAAGAAGGAAGUCGGCACCUACAGGGUGGUGGUGGCUGAUGGUAGAGGAGAGGAUCAGAGCAUACUGGAGUUCGUGGACAAUGAGUUUGAGCGCUUGAUGCAGAGCCUGAGCAAAAACUGUGCUCUCUCUGCCAGUCCCAUGAGAAUCCAGUGCACAGCGACUGGCUUUAGGCUCUACUGUUCUCUGAAGUACUAUCUGAGCUACAUGAAGACCAGCUGGUACUUCAAAGAGAAGAGGAUCGAUCAGGAAGAGAGGACCAAGCCCGGCAGCAGCAUGCAGAAGGUUUGGAUUGAUAUCUUCAACCCUACUGAAAACGACAAAGGAAGAUACACCCUGGAGAUGUUCGACGGGCAGGAAACACACAAGCGCACUCUGGAUUUGUCUGGACAAGCAUUUGCCGACGCUCUGCUGGAAUACCAGAGGCUGAAGGAGGCGGCGAUUGCUGAGAAAAACCGUGCCAAAGUCACAAAGGGAUUACCAGAUGUGGUGGCCAUCAUGGAAGACAAGUCUCUGUGUCUGACCUGUUUCGCUGAAGGCAACCCAGAUCCGGAGAUGUUCUGGCUGAAAAACGAUAGGGAGAUCGUCUCCGAAGGGCGCUUUAACAUCGCCAGGGACAACGGCCGCACAACCCUUACCAUCUACUCAGUCUGUAUGGAGGAUUCAGGCAACUACAGCGUGUUCGUACGCAACAAGUACGGCUCACAGACAGUACACGUGACCGUGAGCGUGUAUAAACACGGCGAGAUCCCGCAGGCCGGUGCAUUCGAGAUGUAGAGAUGAGUGAAUUGGAGAAUGCCGUGCUGUAGAAAUAUUAGCAAACAUUUACAGUUCAGAAAUGAUUAAAAGUCCAAAUUACAGCAUGAUAAGAAAAUAUAACUUGACAACUGAUAUGACAUAAGCAAUAACACAAACUUAAUUCUUCUACAGACUUUAUUCUAUAACCUUGUCAUGUUCUUUGAUCAAUAGAAUUAAUGUUGUUGAUUCAUUUUCUACAACAGCACGACCCAAAGUGUGAUGAUACUU